CACAGGAACCAGAAUAGUACGUCUUAUACCUGUAGGCUAUCAAACAGCACUAGAACUGAAAGAAAGAAGAACAGCCCUAGUGAUUGGAUCACUUAUUGGCUUUCUUAUUGGCUGGCUUGGCUGUCAGUCCGGGCUGCACUUGCUGGUUCGUUCAAACCCAGGACUUAACGCAGGGCGACUAAUCUGUUUCCUAUGCACCAGCCGUAACAUUGUGUCGCAGCGUGCCCCUGCUGAGGCGCUGACAGAGCAUCUGUUGGAAUACAAGUUCACUCUGAAAACCCCGCGCCGUCCUCGACCCCCCGCCGCCCAGGAGCCAAAACACGGAGCAACUAAACGUGUAAAUGGAGUUUCAAUCGUUGUCGUGACUGUUCUUCACCGCCUCUCACCCCGCAGAAGACUGCGUUGAAGUUGCAGCAUCCAAACACCACCGAGGCACUCUCCUCUGCAGUCAUGGGUACCGUCCUCUCCAUCUCCCCGACGGAGAAGAAGGCGUCUAUUAUGGACGCGGAGCUCGCCAAAAACGACAAGAGCCUCAAACGGCACUCGAUGUUCGUCUCUCUCUCCUGGAAGAAGCUGGUGUCCAAUUCGGCCAAGAAGAGUGCCAAGAAAGUGACCCCGAACCCCAUGCCCGCGCGCGAGCUCCCGUCCGGACAGGUGGCUCAGCGCAACAGUGAAAACAUCAGGAAGACGCACCAAACCGAGGAGAAGAAACCCAAAGCGCCGAUCCCGGUCCCGGUGCCCACGGUCCCCACGCAAAACAACGACGCCGUCGUCCAAAACAGGAGGCUUUCCACGGUCCAGCAGCUGCCCAGCAGCCUGUCUGUGGUGUCACCGAGGCGGAUAGUUAUCCAGGCUUCAACCGGGGAGCUGCUUCGCUGUUUGGGGGACUUCAUGUGCCGCAGGUGUUUUAAACUGAAAGAGCUGAACAGCGGAGAGGUGAUCCUCUGGUUCCGCAACAUCGACCGGACUCUUUUGCUCCAGGGCUGGCAGGACCAAGGCUUCAUCACGCCGGCCAACGUGGUGUUCGUGUACCUGCUGUGCGAAGACAUGAUAACGGACAGCAUCGACAGCCCGGCGGAGCUGCAGGGCACCUUUCAGACUUGCCUUUACCUCGCCUACUCCUACAUGGGCAACGAGAUCUCCUACCCGCUCAAGCCGUUCAUGAUCGAGUCGAACAAGGACGUUUUCUGGGAGAUGUCGCUCCGGAUCAUCAACAGGCUGAGUGCCAAAAUGCUGCAGCUGAAUGCGGACCCGCACUUUUUCACCGAGGUCUUCCAGGACCUCAAAAACCAACGAGAUACGAGCGAGGCGAACCUGGACCGCUGACAAAACCAAACAAGACCGGUGGGUUUUUUUUUUAAAAGGUGAAUGUUUUUGCAAAAUCACACAGCGGUGGUUUUGAAUGUAAAAGGCCAACGUUGAAGAGUCCUCACGUGUGGGCUGAAUAUCUCUCUCUAAUGAUGUUACACAACCUCAGUGUGGUGUUUUGGCUACAGGAGACCUCAUACAUGCAUGCCAAUGGUAAUAUUGUCAUCUUUUGUCUUGUCCCGUUUGAGUGACGCACGGAUUGACUUCGUGGUACAGAUCACAUCCCACGUGACACUCAACUCCCCUUUUCGUUCAUGAUAAGCCUACUUUCUGGGCGAGUGGAUGUCGCAGUGAGGUGAGCUUCUUGGCAGGACCAGAAUAGAUGUGUGUGCGUAUGUGUGUGUAUGUGUGCGUAUGUGUGUGUAUGUGUGUGAGAGAGACGUCGAGAGGCGGAGCUGUCCGAGGUGCUGACCUGUGCGGCCGUUUAUCCUCCGCUCCCUCGCUAUUAUGAGUCACCUCGCCGCAACAGAGCCAAGGGUGGCUUCUAAGAGGACCAGAGUGAGCCCAAUACACUUUCAGCACAUAAGCCUAAGCUUUGUAAGUACAGGUAUAAACAGCGUAUUGUGCUUUUUUAGAUUCUCUACCAGCUGAUAGGUAAGCUGUUGCAGCAGAUGAUCAUGUUACUUUAAGGGGACAAAACAUGCUAGUAGAUAUUCCUCUACGGGUAACAGAGGAUUUACUGCUAAAAAAGCCUCAUGAUGUGUAUCUUCAUACCUAUUUAGAAUGUAACAGUUUUCAGCUGCUGUGAUCAAAACCACCAAUUUCUUCAUAUAAACCACCUCGUACUGAAUUGAAAUAGCUUGUUUUCGACGAGAAACAAUAUAGACGUACCGCUCAAUUGGCCGUUGGUUCAAGUUGAUCAUGAGGGUAGGGGGCAGAAAUGUAUCUCCCACCUGGGAUGUGAUAAACUGCACAAAAUGGGCUCAUAUAUGGCCGUACAGCAAGAUUAUCGCCGUACGGCCCCUGUUGUGUAUUGUUUUCCGAUACAUUGCAGAGGCCAACGUAACUACAGACUGAAUGGAAUGUACAGUUUUUCAAGAGAUUGUUUUAAAAUCUCACAUGUGCCAACUAUCAAAUACUCUUAGCCUGAAACUUUGUGGUUUACAUGUACAUAUCCCAUAUUUUAGAUGUGCUCUGUAUUUAAUUUGUAUCUGCCUGUUUUUGAAGGUGGCUGUAUAUGAUGUAGUUCAAGCGUAACAACAACAAAAAACAAACAGCGUAAUGCUCAAAUGGUAUUUCUGCCCUGCUCUGUAAAUGUGUUGUGAGCCUCAGUUUGCUGGGUUCAAUUCACAUUCAGCACAGUCAAUUCAGGGAGGAUGUUUCCUCAUGAUGUAAAUAUUGAAUGUGAAGGCCUCAUUAUGAAGUGACUAUCAUUUGCACACAUUAUUGCAAGUUUCUGUAAGCUAAACGUGAUUUGACUCUGACACUCUGAAACCAAGCUUAUAGGGCAACCGUGACAGUAAUUAUUCAGUAUUAUGCUUCUAAGUGAUCAUUGUUAUGUUGUGUUGUGAGUCCAUUGCUUGGAAAGUGGAAUAUAAUGCUGCUAUUUUGCACAGCUUUGGACAAACAUUUGAUGUUUUGCACAGUGGUAUAACAUAAUGGUCGUGUACCAGUGUUUCCUGUCAAGCACUGAAGUGUUUUCAAUUAAUUUUGCAGUUAAUGUCACCAAGUUUCGCUCUACGAAGAUUAUCUGUGAAUUAGAUCUUUUGUACGGUCUUUUUUUUCCUAUGUGUCAGCUAUGGAAAGUGAUAUUUAGAUGUGCUUGUUGCCUGUGGUUGCACCACAGUUGCAGUCACUCUCUCUACAUGUUAAUACAAGGUCAAUACAGUAAUUGUUUAUGGUGACAAUGAUGAAAUAAAUCCAUACUUCUGUAGGAUCUGUUGUCUCUCUCGCUCAUUGUUUUGUUGAUUUAAAACUUCAUCCUAAUGUGUAUGUGUGUGUGCACUAACGUAUAUACUGUAUCUCGCUGCAACAUGUGAGCGCACUACUUAUGGCCUAUGUUUGCACAAAUCUUGCAGUUUGCUGAAGUAAUAAUUAACUCGGACAUCCUAUUAUCCAGUCACUCCUCCCACUAAUCCGUUGAUUUGCAGGGAACCCUUGAGACAUGGUUAUGCAACAGAAAUAAGUCCAUGAUGAAUAUGCUUACUGGGAUGAUACUAUAGGUUGUCAUGGGACUGAAGCUCAUGAGAGUUCAGUGGUUGCCAUGAAACAAAAACUCAAAAGAUAGAGGUAUUUGCAUAUUGAAAAGUUGUUUUUUUUUUAGAUAUACUGACACAAAGAUACAAUUUUUUGGAUGUUUUAUACCCAUACAGGUAUAUGGGUGUACAAGCAAAUGGCAGAACAGCUUCAUUUUAUCCCAGAAUGCAUUGCCCGAUUGGCACACAGGGAAGUAAGCUGACACAUGAAGGAUAUUUUUGGUAUCCUGUCAGUCUGUCCUGGGUAUUGUAAACGGGGCCACACACUGAAAUGGGAACACAGGAAACCAACAGUGAGAAAGUCAAUUGUAAAAAUGUAUUUGGAGGAAUCUGCAUGCAUCAAUAAAAACUGGUAUCACACUAUGAUGCAUUAUCAAUAAGAAUUUUUUAAGGAAUGUGCAAAAUUGAGGAAGGAUUUCAUUAAACAUGUAACAUAUUAUUACAUUUCAGAAGCUUCCUUAGUUUAGAGCACGGAUACAUCGAUGAUGUGCUGUGUGAGAGAAUGGAGCUGAAUUGAUAAGGUUUUUUUUCCUGUUUUUUUAUGAAUAAGCCACGUGGGUUAGAGGGUUCUUUCAUGUGAUUGGUUAGAAUCUGCUGCAGUCUCAGAACCGUGUGUGUGACUCUCUCUCUCUCUCUCUCUCUCUCUCUCUAUCUAUCUGUGUCAGUCUUAUGGGGACAUACAGUAUCUAUUUACAGAGCAAAAGUGGAGAAAAGCAGUCAGGAAAUAACCCAGAAAAUCAUGACAGAAAUGGAACAGGAGGAAAAUAUUGAGAGGUGGAGAGAGGGGAAAGAAAGUGGAACAUAGAUGAAGGUAAAUAAAAACACAAAGAUGGAUAGAGAGGAAAGAGAAAAAGACAUUUAUAUUUCAUUCAUUUAUUUCCAUCUAAUGUCAGACAGAGAGCCACAUUGUAACAUCAAAACUACUCAAAAUGACAGUUGCAGAGUUGAAAGCCAUAGCCACAGUAAGUGUUGUUAAGUAAUCUAUUUCAUCUGCAAAUUGUAUGUUAAUUCAUUUUUAAAAUGUGUUGCUACUCAUACUGUGGUCCAGUAUGUUGACUUAUAAUACUUUAAUCACUGCCAUGUGUUUUUUUUAAACACCAUUGUUGCAUGACAUCAGUUUCAACUACAUGGAAACUAAAGAGUAAAACAUUCCCCUAGA